AGCUAUUUAUAGAGCAAAUAAAAAAUUAACAUAAUAAAUUAAUUACAUAUUAACAUAAAUAAACAUCAUUAUUAAGUUCACAGCUAGAUUUUUAGAAAAACUUUGAACACUGCUUCCACAAAAAAAAGAGAGAAACGCCGCAGAAUUUCGAAUCAAUUUGUCAUUUUCUGACGUACAUUAAAGAGGAUCAACUGUGCGUCGACAAAUAGUGUAGCGACUCAAAAGGCUUGCUUGAAAUCCAGAUAUUCUGUAGUAAAAAUCAAUCUUCAAAAAGCUCAACAAACAGAGAUAAUGCACACAUUACGUGAUUACUUUAAUAAAUCGCGUUCAAAUAAAUUUAUCAAUAGUCAAAGAUAUACGUGUAAAAAAUCAAUCGAGAUCUCAUCGAAAAGAAAACUAUUUAUUUGGAUCUCACGUGAGGUAAAAAGUUUGGUAGAAAAGUUCAACAUAAAAGAAUUCUACAUAAAUGCAACUUUGUCGCACGUGACGUGUUUUAUCUUAAAUUUAAGCUUUUAAUUAAGAGCUCAGAUUCACACAUUCUUCAUUGAACGAUAUGCUACUGCGGAAGUUCUUUCCAAGUAAAUACAACGCGUGUCCUUUUUUUGAUCCAUCUUCGUAUUCGUCGUUUUGUUGUUUUUCGAAACAACUUUUGAGAACAUAUAGUUUAGUGUAUAGCUAGUUAAAAGUUCGGGUAAUAUUACUACAGUUAAUAUUAAUUUAGUUAACAUUAAUAUUGGUCAGUUGGUCGGUCUGAAGAUAGGGCGAGAGGGAUCGACAACGUUCGCCAGUGUCUAUUUGACCAAGCUUGGCAAGCACUAUAUAUUACACGUAAACACAUAUUAACAUGCAUUUCUACAACUAUCAACGAAGGAAUAUAAAUUUGUUACAGAAUAUGGAAAACUUUACGAAUCAAACAUUCGAUUACGAAUAUGAUGACGAUUAUUACAUACCGUACAGCCAGCGACCAGAAACCUAUUUUGUACCAGUGAUAUUUUUAUUGAUUAUAAUCGCGGGUGUGCUUGGAAACGGUACAUUAAUUUUCAUACUGUUACGUCAUGCCAAAAUGAGAAAUGUACCGAAUACGUACGUUCUAUCUUUGGCAAUCGGAGAUCUAUUGGUAAUUGUCACAUGUGUGCCAUUUACUUCCAUUAUUUACACACUUGACUCGUGGCCGUGGGGCACAACUAUCUGCAAAGUGUCAGAAUUUGUAAAGGAUAUUUCAAUCGGUGUGUCGGUAUUUACUUUGGCAGCUUUGUCUGCAGAAAGAUAUUGCGCCAUCGUCAAUCCUAUACGUCGCCACGUAGCAGGUUUAAGCGCAAAACCUGUAACAGUUUUAGUAGCAUCUAUCAUAUGGAUAUUAGCGAUUAUUUUUGCUUUACCCGCCGUUCUCUUCUCCCACGUUCCGAGUGUACAAUUGUAUCGCAACUAUAGUAUUUUUAUCUGCAGUCCUUUUCCCGAAGAAUUUGGAGAGGAUUACAAGAAAGGUCUAAUACUGUUUAAAUUUUUGACAUAUUACGCGAUACCACUAUGCAUAAUAGCGGCUUUCUACUUGAGCAUGGCGCGGCACUUGAUGUUAUCCACCACAAAUAUGCCAGGUGAACAAGCCAGGGAUAAUUACUUGGAUCAGAUAAACGCGCGAAGAAGGGUUGGCAAAAUGGUAGUGAGUUUUAUCAUUGUUUUUUUCAUCUGUUUUCUGCCAAUUCACGCGUACAACUUGUGGUUCCACUUCUGUCCCACAGCGAUAUACGAUUAUAAUUAUUUUUGGCACUACUUCAGAAUAUUUGGGUUCUGCCUAAGUUUCAUCAACAGUUGCGUUAAUCCCAUCGCUCUUUACUUGAUUAGCCGAACGUUUCGCAAAAGAUUUAACAAAUAUUUGUGUAUUUGUACAUCCAACGGCAUUGCUGCUGGCCGCAAGAAUCGAAUAAGCAGCAGUAGAAAUCACGACGAUAGCGCUUUGUCCCGAAGAAAUCUGAACUUACGGAGUACGCUUCGUGAGACUAGUUUUAUUAUUAAUCCUACCAUUCGAAGGCGGACGCAAGAUUCCACAGAAGUGUUCGAACCAGGAGGAGGUAUAGAAACUAGAGCUAGUCUGAACAACCGGAGGUUGCUUUUUUAAGUAAAAUUUCAAAAUUUAUAAGAAUCCUUUGAAGCCAGCGGAUUUACCACUGCAUAAAUUUGGAAACAAAACGAAACCUUCUGCUGUGUUUACUAAUGUGUAUAAUUUCGUUAUAAAAAGAACCACGUCAUCGCACACUGUCUAAUCCGUUUGCUAUAUCGAUGUCACUUCGAUGUCAUCACUCACCAAGAGACACGGCAGUUCGUUCACAUUACGUCGAACUGUUACGCCAACUAUAGCUAUAAGUAACUCUAUGUGGUACCUGAAGUAAUAAAAUAAUUCCAAAGAAAUAAUUUUUGAUCCCAUCUUUUUUCCCCUCGUUAUUGACUACUUUUUAAGUUAGUUUAGUAAAUUUCUUUAUACAAUUGUGUCGAGCUACAGCAAUAGCACUAUUUUGUUUUCUCUUCUCCUGCGUGCAUUUCUCAGCAAAAUUAAAAUUGUGGCAAGAUAUGUCCGCGCUUAGCUUUUGCUGGCAAGUUGCUUGUCGUAACAGCUCGACAAAUCUAAUUAUAAUACCUUACCUCGCUG